UACAGUCGGCAUCGAUUUAGAAUCGUAGAAGAUAAAAAGUUCGAUUCUUAUGUGAAAUUUCCUCCCACUCUACUUAUUUUGACAGACUGCUGCACUAUUUAGUCCAUGCUUGGUUGUUAUGUGAUUAGCGCCCUUGGUUACCACUUCCUUCCCAUCAUGCAUCACUGCUAGGAGAGCUUGUGAGGUGUAUGGAUUCUAAUAAGAGCCGACUUCAGUGUGGUACUUUAAUAAAGAAUGGACAAGGAACAGCACAACACUGUCGUCUUCAAUUUUUCAAAAAGAGAGCUGUUUACUACUAACAAUGGAUACAAAUCCAUGCAGAAAAGAUUAAGAGCUCAAUGGAAAAUCCAGAGCAUGAAGGAAGAGCUGUCUUUGGAGAAGCUGAAGGGUGUCAAGUUGUGGAUAACUGCAGGCCCGAGGGAGAAGUUCACAGCAUCCGAGCUGGAGGUACUGAAGCACUACCUGGAUGGAGCAGGAAAUGUUCUGGUCAUGCUUGGUGAAGGAGGGGAAAUGAAAUAUGAGACCAAUAUCAACUUUCUUUUGGAGGAGUUUGGAAUAAUGGUCAACAAUGAUGCUGUUGUCCGGAAUGUGUAUUACAAAUACUUCCAUCCUAAGGAGGCGCUUGUGUCCAAUGGUGUGUUGAACAGAGAGAUUAGUCGGGCUGCUGGGAAAGUGGUCACAGGAAUCAUUGAAGAAGAAAAUGUUGGAAACAAUGCACAGGCUCUCACAUUUGUGUACCCAUAUGGUGCCACACUGAGUGUGAUGAAGCCUGCUGUAGCUGUUCUUUCAACUGGCUCAGUCUGCUUUCCCCUCAACAGGCCUGUCCUGGCCUUCCAUCAAGGAAAGGAGGCAGGCAAACUGGCAGUGUUGGGUUCCUGCCACAUGUUCAGUGACCAAUACAUAGACAAAGAGGAGAACAGUAAAAUCAUGGAUGUUGUGCUCCAGUGGCUCAUGACCGAUAAUAUUCAGCUGAAUCAGAUUGAUGCGGAAGACCCAGAGAUCACAGAUUACACCAUGUUGCCGGAUGCAGGCUGCCUGUCAGAACAGCUCAGAGUGUGUCUACAAGAGGGGGAUGAAAACCCCAAGGACUUUACCUCUCUCUUUGAUACGUCUUUGUUCAAUUUGUCAACCGACACGUUACCCCAAGUCAUCAGUGCUUACAAGCAGCUUAACGUCAAAGACGAGCAACUUCAGCUGAUCACACCACAGUUUGAGACCCCUCUGCCUAAACUUCAACCUGCUGUCUUUCCUCCUGCCUUAAGUGAUUUACCUCCACCUAUGCUGGACCUGUUUGAUCUGGAUGAAACGUUCUCUUCUGAGAAAGUGCGCCUAGCGCAGCUCACCAACAAAUGUACAGACGAUGAUCUUGAAUUCUAUGUGCGGAAAUGUGGUGAAAUUCUGGGGGUGACUCCAAAGUUAGAUAAAGAUCAGAGGGAUGCAAAACACAUCUUGGAGCACAUUUUCUUCCAGGUUGUGGAGUUCAAGAAACUCAAUCAGGAACAGGACGUUGACAUAGAGACACGAUUCACUCCACUGCGAUUGGAUUCAUGAAACAUGACCAAGCAGAUCAGAGUAUAUUCUUUAGUUAAGUAUUGUUACAAUAGACUAUGCAUGAUGCUGUUUAGAAAUUGCGUAGAAGUUAUUUUAUACAUUUCUAUAUUGCAUUUCAUUGUGGGGGAAAAUAUAAAAAUACACUUAAGCAAAUAAAGAAAUUGAUUUUUUUUAUUAUUAAAAUCUUUUAUUUAAAAGCAUAUGGAGCUCUCCGCAAGAAUCUUCACAUGGAUCCUGUAAAUACAAACAUUUUACCUUCACAUUUACAUGCAGCAUUUUAGAAUCCACUUUAAUUUAUCCUUGAUGCGUGUGGGUGAAGAGGCAGUCACAAUCAUCAAUAUUAAGUGUGUGUAGACAUUCUUGGCCACGUCAGGGAGAAACUUCAGGUAAUGGAUGUUGUGUAGUCGGGGUAUUUGGACUCCAUGCUUGCUCCAAAGCGCUGGACUCCAUGCAGGACCUGGGGCUGUUGCUGUCCGGUCUUAUCAAAGAAACCUCCCAUGACAUUUGAGAGGCAGAGAGAUCGCUGUAUGACUGGUCAAAACAAGCAGGCUUUUUUUGCUUUUGAAGAAACAUGUGGGGAGUGGAGGACUUUCCCUGCAAAGGCACAGCCAGGCGAUAGUUGUCAAUUUCUUUGUUAUAUGAAAAGCUCAGAGACGGAGAAAUGGCCUCUGAUGACAGGUAGAGAGAAGAUAGGGUGGACAGUUUGGGGUCAGAUCCUUCAGCCACCGUUUCAUUUGAUGCUCUUGAUGUGGGCAGUUGUUCUGGUGACAAAACAGCAGACAGCAAACUGUUUUCCACUAAAAACUUCCUGUCAAGCUCCGAUGGAGAGGAACACUCAAAGCUUUUCAUAUCUAGGAGAUAAAAUGUGACACAAUCACAUAAACUGAUCAGACUUCAAUAAAUAUAACAAGCUUGAGCAUAAAUCAGUUUAAUUACCUUUAACAACAAACGAUUUCUCCAUUGUUUCCUUGGGCCAAUGAGUGUCAACUGAGCUCCAGGUGGGUUUUAAACUCUUGAAGCUGUUAAUUGACCCAGCUGUAGGCUGAACAGGUCAUCAGUCUGGCAUAGGUGGGGGAGUAUACAGCCUGAGAGACAUUUCAGUCAUGAUCACUUUCUGUUUUUUAUAUAAUAUGUUUAUUAAAAAUGUAAAUGUUAUUUCUAUCAUGUGUAUAUGUCUUUUUAAUCAUUUUUGUUGUUACUUACUUGUUAUUUCUGAGCACCUCCUUGUGGACAAAAAUAAACUGGGGCUCCGCAUAAUUUACAUUA